AUGGAGGAUCACGAGAUGGCCCUCCUGAAUGACCGGGACAUUACCACCAGACGAGGCAACAGUGCCGCGAGGGACACCACGCCAGACUUGUCGUGGUUAUCAGGCACGCUAGACGUCUCCUGGAGAAGCGAAGAAGUGGACCUGGGGUCUGACCACAGCGUGAUUGGCAUCAUGAUCCGAGGCUCCCGAUAUCGGGCUAUGCUGGGGACGGCGCGGAUCACGGAUUGGGAUAAGAUGAGAAAGUUUACCCAAGGACAAGAAGAGGCGUCGGAGGAACAAUCGGGACAAGCUGAAACACAAAGGACCUACACCGAAUGGGCGAGGGACCGGAAGAAGGCCCUCGAUAAAUUUACCCAAGAAAUCGCACCGACGUCGCAGACACCGUACGUGGACGCCAGACUGUCCCACAUGUGGGCGACCCGACACUCGUUAACGCGGCGGUGGAAACGUCAGAGACACAACAGAAAGCUGGCCAAGCGCAUAGCAGUCUUGAACAAACAGAUGGCCGAGCACGCGGCCAAACUAUGUAAGGAAAAUUGGCUGAAGACCUGCGACGGCCUACAGGGCAAGCUCUCGACGUGGAAGACGUGGUGUCUCUUGAGGCAUCUGAUCGACCCGAUGAGUAGCAAAACUGCGACCAAUCGCAACCACACCAAAGUAUUGAACUCGUACAAGGGAGACGGCCGCAGGCUCCUGGAAGACCUGAAGGCCAAGUACUUAAAGACAGAGAAGGGCCAGUACCCGGUGCCCGAGAGGUACGAAGGACCCGACAACGAAGAACUGGACCGGCUGUUUACCAUGACGGAACUGUGGACAGCGAUAGAUGACAGUAACAAGAGAAGUGCACCCGGCAGGGACGCCAUAACUUACAAAUUACUCGGUAACGUGAUCGGUACAGAGGCCAGCGGUCUCCUAGAGCACAUUAACGAAGCCUGGGAGAGCUCACAGUUGCCAAAGGAAUGGAAGGACGCCGAGGUCCGCUUCAUUCUAAAGCCCGGCAAGGCCCUCACGGUGAUGGAGCGCAUGGUCCUUCGCCGGCUGCUGAAGCACCUCGAACAAAAGGAUCAGAUGCCAGAGACGAUGUACGGCUUCAGGCAACAUGUCAGCACCCAAGACGUGAUGAUCCAACUCGACGAACUGGUCGUCAAGCCGGCAACGAGGAAAAUCCAAGAAGGAGCUGCCGCCGAACGUGAUUAUCACCAUCGCCGGAACUACCAUCAAGCAACACAGCAGAUUAGGAUUCUCGGCCUACUACUCCAGAGCGACGGGGAGGCACAGGCCGCCAUCAGAAAUAUCAAGAUUUCAACCGAACAGAUACUUGCUGAUCCCGUCCAAUGGAGCUUCGUGCGGGAACUACUGCUGCUUACCGGAGGCCACAACGUUGGAUGA